GUGAUAAUUAUUUUAUUCCUUUUUAUAUACAAUGGAUUUAGAUUCCAUCACUGGUGUACAGUUUCAGUCGAGCUACAGCAGCUACUCUCUCUUGCCGAGGAGAGACAAGAAAGAGCAGAACAAGAUGUCCUCCAGAGGACGGAAAGACGGCGGUGAUACGUCUCCCCUUGCCAUAGGAUCCAGCUCAGAGCUAUCUUCAGAACUGGCCAAAAUAGACACUAAUGUGCUCGGUAGGAUCAAGAUCUUUCUGGCCAGUGAGUUUAUAAAUGGAGAGCAGUUUUGUGCCCCUCUGAAGCAGAUCAAGGAUGUCCUGGAAAGAGUUGUGGUGUCGGAGAUGGACCUCACCAAUGUCUCUACUACUACACACAUUCGUAAUAUCUACAACAUCAUCACAGAGAAGCUCAUCUCUUACUUGCCCAAGAUAAAGCAGUCUCAGAAAGCCAUGGCCUUUCUCCUGACGGAUAUUCUAAGUCUACUGGUUGCUCUGAAGAUAGAUAGCUCUUGCCUGACAUUCCCUGCUGUGUUUGCAUCUUGUCUCCUCUACUUCGAGCCCGAGUCAGAGUGGGGCGAUGCAUACAAUGAGGUGGUGGCUAGACUAUGUCACUUUGUACUACCCAACUGCCUUGUGAGGUCUGAGUAUCGACAGUGUAUGUGUCUGACGUCAGUGCUCAUGAUGGUGUUGGAGGCAUGCUCCUCCCACAAACACUACCUCCUUCUCACGGACACACUCAUGACGCUCAAGAGGGAUGUUGCCAUGGAUGUUCUCAAUGUGAUAACGUACGGCACACCUACAGUACGCUCCAAAGCAUUGGACCUACUCCUGCACUACUGGCCCAUUCCCAUCCCGGAGUUCCGACGUCAUUCUCAUAAACUCACAUAUGGAGAAUGGACAAUGCCUCAUUGUGAAAAUUCAACAUGCCGCCACAGUAAUAACAUAGCUACAACGCUGUGCUUGAGUGUGAAAUGUGCUGCCCAACACAAAGCCCCUGAUACAAUGAAGCUGUACCUCCUCCUCUGCCCUGACUGUGACAACACCAUACACAGUGACGAAGACACUCACCAACGACUGAAGCUCCCAAUGCCUCUCAGUGAGAUUAAGCCUAACUGUGAGUUUCAGCGAAUCUGCUCUGGUAAGGACAAGGUGAACAAGGCCGUAGUCACAUGCUAUGACGACAGCUGCACGGCCAUUCAGAACGGGCAGCCCAUACGAAUGUGUUUCAGCUGUCACUCCAAGCAGCACAAGGAGCUCAAUGACCCCACACACAUUUAUCAAGUUGAUCUCCCUGAUCCAUGGGCCUAUGACAACCUCUCUAGCUCUUCCACAAUGCUGGAGGCUGUCGCUAAACUCAUUGAUGUUGUUCCCAUGGUGACCGAGGCCCCACAUAAUAGACUGCCCAAAAUAUCAGCCCCUCUCAUUCAACGGAACAAGCAGUCACAGAUCAACAUGGACAUAAGCAAGAAGGCAAUAUGGCUACUGUCUCAUUACUGUACACCUACGAUUGAAGUCAGAGCCAACCAACAGGAGUGGCUGAUCCACUUGCUGGCGCUGGUGCUAGAAUGGAUGCAGACUUACUACGACAUCCUCCAGGCGGCCAUUGUGAAGAUGGAGGAACAGAUGACCUCGGCUGGGGCAGCAUCCGUUGCCGCAGGAGCCGAGGGACAAGAGUGGGUGGACAGCUCUGACUACGUCAAAGAGUUUCAGAAGAUAUUUUCCAAUUACUCUGAAGUCACAGCAUUAAUGGAAUCACAUGUUCUGUACUGGAUCCGUUCCGUGUGUGACACCAACAGUGAGUGUAUGGUGGAGGUACUCAAACCAGACAUCUCAGGCUGUGCACAAGUCGGCAAAAUGUGGAACAAAGCACAUGACCCGAUUGCUCGCUACAAGCGAACGCUGACUAUUAUCUAUCGUCUUGACUACUUCCAUCGUCAGGGCAAGCUUGACUCGUUCUCGGAUAUCUUCAACACCGUGAUGCCACUCUGGAUGAACAAGUUAGUCGAUCUUCGUGCUGACCCCGGGAAAAUGGAGGGACUGCAAGAUCAGUUCAGGUUGAUAUUCUCUACUCAAAACAAGAAGCACGAGCAAGGGCUGAGGAUCUUCAAGUUCAUUCGUGAGAAGUUUUGGAGUGAGGAUAGUGACGAGAGACAGAGAGGACUCUUCUGGUUACAGGACUUGACAAGACUGCACAUCCCCCUGCCCUACCUACCUCACAUGUUUGACGAUGCCCUCAAGGAGAGCCACGGGCGAUUCCGAAGGAUGCCACUCACUCGUGGCGACUCCCCCAUGUCGUCAUUCGACGUGGAGGUGGAGGUUAUAAGGAAGGAGAGCGUUGGGAGUGUCAGUGGCUCUGAUGUGGAGCCGCAACUCCUCUCCCAGUCCUCCAUAGAACAGAUGGACACACCGAUCAUCGUCAACCUCAAGUCAUCACUCACAAGAUACAUCCUCAUGCUCGACAUCUGGCUCUCUCAGCUCACACAGCUGCCUGAGAAUGUGCCCACACUGGAGCUGAAUUUGUUUCAGAACAACCUGAUGAAUAUGCUUCGUAAAGUGUGGGGGAGCAGUCACGACCAUCGAGAGCCGAACAGCAUCUGCUAUCUCUGUCAGGGGGUGGGCGUAUGGUUUGGACUCGCUACCAAAAUCCUCGAGGAGUACAGACAAGUGUAUAGGGAGGGAAGUGCAGGAGAUGAUGUUGAAGACAUCGGCUCCUCCUAUCACAGGAUGUCUACACGCUCGUACAGACAGCGGCAGCUGGUCUCCACCCCCCGUGAGGCAUCAGCUACGCCACAGAGCACACCCCCCAGGGAAGAAGACACUACGAGUAAGAGGUUCGGCAUACAGGGUGGCCUCAAGGCAUUUCACGCGGGUCCUGACAUCACCGAGUCGCCCUAUCAGGGGAGUCCACUCGGGCACAGACGGAAGAUAGCCCAGGUGCAGUCACACUCUCAGUUCCGGGUGGUGAGUGAGAGUAAGUUUCUGCCAGCUCAACAGAGCCAGGGGGCGGAGCCUACCACACCCUCCACCUACAUCAUAUUCCAACUAUGUGUACUGAAACUGGGUCAGUCCAACUUGCAGCCGAGUGCUCUCCUCAAGAUUGUCAACUGUCUGUUGAUGUUGGUGCAAGACUGGAAUGUACUGGAUGAGUGUGAUGAUGUCGACACUGUCUACACCGACAUCACAACCCUGUUGGGCAUUUUGUGGAAAAACUUGCACACCACGCCCUCCAAUACUGCCAGAGCCUGUGUAGAGCUGCUCCUAGAGUGUGCCAAGUACACAGCCGAUAUGCAACCAACGACCACCAUCAGGAAUAAACCUUCAUCCAAAGGAGCAUCUGGUAUUUCGAUGAAUCUGUCUGAUACUGAGUCAGAGUCUGAAACCAGUGAGGAUGGUGGUCAUGAGGUGACGAUCGAGGAGCAGCUGCUUUGGAGCACCCUCCACACUGCACUCAAGUCCAAUCACUGGGCAUCAAGGUUCAAAGCAGCUGGUGCGCUCACCACGGUGAUACAGUUUAUGAGGAAGCCGGGGUCUACUGAAACAGAUGUUCUGAAUCUCCACUCGAAAGUGCAGGCAUCCCUGGCUCACGGCUUCUGUCUCUUAGUACAGCUGCUCGUGGACAAGAACUCCAGUGUGUGCGCUCGUGCGAAGUACCUCAUUGCUUCCAUCAACGAGCCAUCGCUAGAUGCAAUGAAGUUCUAUCUGAAGAAUUUCUUCUACGAGUACCCUUUCUAUCGGGAGGAGGUCUUGUCCACCCUGUCACUGCUUGACUCCGCCCUCCCUGCUCUCAACUUCCUGUCAGUGGACAUCCUCACCAAUCUCCUCAGGAUUGCCACCAGCCAUCGUGACUCGUCAGCAAAAGCCAGCGAUACAGACCCCACUCUGCAACUGGGGAUAAAAAAGAAGGCGUCGGAUGUGAGUGUGUUUGGGGGAGGGGCCCUCUCACCAAAAUUGUCUACCCAGUCCGAGCCCCGUCUAGAAGAGGAUCCAGUCAAGCAGAAAAUCACCGAAAGAAUAUUGUCUCUUUUGCUCAGACAUAUCGCUAAUCCUCGCAUCGACAUUUCCGAGUCCAUGAAGAAAAGUCAGGGUCAGAAGACAAAGAAGGCGGGCACUAUUAAAGCACGUCGCUCCACCCCGUCCUCGUCUGAAGACCAGCUGUUUCAUAUGAUACAGGGGACUGUGUUCCAUGACCUCCAUUGCUUGCCACAAGAACUGAGGAAGAACCCUGUCUUUGAGGUCUUCCUCAAUAACAUGUUCCCAGUACUGGAUCACAACAUAGAGUUUGGCCAUACCAAGGGACUGCUUCCAUUCACUCUCAAGCUUCUCUGUUUCUGUGCGGCCCCUAACCAGUCAGAUUAUGUCCAGUUGAAACUGGAUGAGCGGCUAAGAGAGCCCCACCUUCCCCUGAAUGGUUGUCCCUACAGUCUCAGCUCCGUGCCCUCUCACCUGCAGGCACCAUGGAUGCGGAUAUUCUUUGUCAUCCUUUACAAGUACAUCCACGACUACUCCGAGGUGGACCCAGGCUCCCACUACCAAGGUCUGGAAAUGCUCACACUCACUCAGUGGUGUCUACAGAUCACCCUCAACACUCUCGAGAGCGACGGACAUGAAUGCUCCUUCCUCUCUAACAGCGAAAAGAGCAAGCAACCAUCUCUGCAACGUCAGUUCACCAUUGAUGCAUUCACUCACUCUGUCAUGGAGUCCAUUACUGGAAAUGUUAGCCCGACUAAAGACACUGGCUCUUCAACUCCUGAAAUUGUCAAGUCAAAUUUUAAACAAUUGCUGACGCCUGUCCCAGAGGAAGCAAAGAGUUCAAAGGACGAAGGUGAUGACCUUGUGCCUGGUAUCUGUGUGGCCUGCAAGAAACCCACCAAUGAGUACUCAGAAGAAGUGAUAGCCUUGGCAACGGUUGCUGUUGGUACAUGUUGUCAUCGCUUACCCCACAUAGUGUCUGGUUUCCUUGUAUCCAAGAUAAUACCAGCCGUUGCUAGAGUUGUGGUUCCUGGAUCAUUCUCUUGGCAAUCCACCAAGAACACAGCUGAGCCUCCUCCUGGCUCUGCCAUGGCUGUCGCAAAACACAUCCUCUCCUCCAUUCUCACUCAGUUUGGUGAUCGUCGUCUCUUCCUCUUCCUGUUUGGGACCGACUACGGUGACAAGACUCGGACAGUGUUCAAUGCUCUGGGUCACGGGCUGCUAGGCAACGAGGGGGAGGGGCCAGUUGAAGGUACAGACGUGGACUCAGAGGGAGAAAUUAGCGAAACGACCAUUGUUAAAUACUUUCUUGAGGAUGCUGUCUCUUCCAUAAAAGAUGUUCACCCUCACUCCAUUGUCAACGUGGCUACCUACAUUGAGAUCUUGGACCAGAUCCAGGAGGGCCUCAGCUCCACAAUACAGCUGACAAAAGAUCUGCUUCUCUGGGACAACUUGUUUAAGAAGCUAAAGGGCAACACGGAUGUUCUGAGAGACAAGAAAGCAAUGCAUGCCCUUCUCCGACUAAUCAUCAAACUAUUCAAAAACAGCUUGGAAUACCCCACUGCUCCCAUGCUUGGCAACUACCACACCCACAGUGUACUGGCCCUCACUCAGUCACUAAUGAGUAUUCUCGAAUUUGCCCUGUAUAAUGUCUACGUUCCUCUGGGUGGAUUGGUGGAGCUUGCCUCCACCUGGUACCGUCUCUUCCAACAGCAAAGCCAAAGAGAGGCUGAGAAGUUGAUGAAACUGUAUGUGAGUGAGCUGAGAAAAGCACUGAGGGCCAGGGGAACUGCAGAUCAGUGUCCCAGACAGGACAACUUUCUCGGGCUCAUCCAGGUUCUACUGUUGGAAGAGUCUGGAUAUCUAGGCUAUGUGGACAGUCUAACUACAAAAAAAGACUUUGCUCCCAUCCUGAGACUAACUUGUGAGAUUCACUCACGCCCUGUGAUUACUGCUCUACAAUGGGACUUUCUGGACGUGUUGAGUUACCUCAGUGCUACGGAUGUAUCCAAGAAUACCAAGUCAAUUCAGUUGGUUGCCCAGUUGAAGUUGUCCCUGUCUCAACUGGUAGCCCUGAGGGUUCAACAUGGGCUUGGUAGAUCCCCACCCACUCAUAACCUGAAACGACUCGUCUCUGGUGAUCCUAGAGCACUACUCCCAGCCCUUACGACGUUCAGGUCCACUGUGAUUCAUGUGCUUCAGCCAAGAUGGCAGGACUACAUUCAAUCUGUGCAUAUCUUGUCUUGGCUUCUACUUGGCGCUAUGAGCCACAAUUACAUCGAUGGAAUUGCAGCAGAAAUGAAAAUGGCUGGGAAUGUGGGAGGUCGGUGUCUGCUUCUGGAGAGUCUCAAUCAUAAACUGGAUGAAGUGACAAAAGGGGUACUUACUCUGGCCAGUGGGGUGAUUCAAAAGAUAACUACUACACAAAAUGGCUACUUUGGAUACCUCUGCCUCGUAUUCUUGUUUGGUGCUACCUGGACUGUGUACAUGGAAAUGUACGCCAGGGACUCUAUGGUUCUUAUAUUGGAAUUUUGGCAGAAGCUAAUUGGUCAAUUGGCACAAUUAAUGAGUGGAGUAAUGUCGGAAAUGCAUCAAGCAGACAUAUUGGAGAUACUCAACAAGUACGCAGUGAUCAAAAUCAAAGAAAUUAAUUUGUCUUGUUAUCCACUGCUAGUGCCGAUAUGGAGGGAGGUUACCAACAGCAUCACUGAUACAAGCAUUGUAUUUCCUAACGUUGAGGAAGUACAAUCAAUUUCAAUGGAUGUAUGGCUAAGGGACACCAUCAACGAACUUGUUAUUCUUGAGCAAGAGUGGCAAACUGACUUAUAAAACAUUAGUUCAUUUAUUGAAGAAAUGGUAUGCACCAUUGUUUUAUAUACAUGUACGUAUCAGAAUUCAAUAUACAAACAGAAUAUAAAAGAGAACAUGACUUGUGGAA